AUGAUGAAUCGAUUCCGCAAACACAAGAAGGGGAAGGAGGUCGUGGAGGAUCAAGAGGGUAUCUCAUCAGGAUCAGCAUUCAGUCUCAAGCCGAAGAAGAAGGAGGCACCCGAACCCAAACUAGAUUUCGACCUAUCAGCUGCACUGCCCUCGACAGACAACUUCCGUACCAGUCUACUAAUGCCCAAGUUGUCCGCUCGAUUUAGCAUGCUGAAGGAACAGGACGACCCACAAUCAAUGCUAGGAAAGGCCAGUGAUGAUAGUGUUUUGUUUCCUAAACGCGCUUCGCGACUCAAUUUGUUCGGCCACAACCCAGGCACGCUGGCAGAUAUUGAUGAAGUUUGCUCCAAUGACGGUAACCGGCCCUCUCUUGCACUCGACCGCACUGGUUCUUUCGCUUCCGGUGGAGAUGGUUAUGGUACGGAUGAUGACCGAUCCCAGGGGGGCAGUAUGAUGAGUAGAGCCCGUCGCGCUGAGGGCAAUAAUCUGUUUGGAGGUCGCCAAAAGGUUUACAAGAUCCCGGUCAGAUCGCCAGUGGGAACAACCAACGAUACGUCAGAGGCUGGUCGCCGAGGCAUGGGAAAGCCGAUCUAUGAACACGACCUGAACCUAUCUGCCUUUCAGCGGUUGCGCCUCAAGGAGAAGGAAGAACGAACGGCAGAGGCUGCCCGGGAAUCUGGAUACGCUGCCUCAACCGCCUCAUCUAACAGCCGGGCCACAUACUCCUCCACCGCAUCUGGGCCUCUGUCAACAGUUCCAACAUCAAAUGGGGCCGCCUCGGCCGAUGAGUCACCGUUCAACACGUCCCAAUCUCCUGUGGCCGGUUAUCCGUUCCCGGAAACUCAUGCUGAAGCCCCUCGAGUUGGUCCUAUGUCUAACCCACGCAAUGGUUCAAUCCGCAACCGUCGUCUCUAUGGGCAAGGAUUAACCCAGGCUGCGCAGAACCAGCAGACCUCGACCUUGAACCGCCUGGAGAGUCUGAGUCGCCAGCGUGCCGGCACUCAAGACCUCCCCUCUUUGAACCGCAACUACUCCAAAAGUGCCACUAACCUACGAGACCGCCUGCAAAAUCUUGCAAUUGUUGAGCCGGCCUCUGACUUACAACCGACUAGCCCUCCUUCAUCCGCAACGUCACCGAAGACCCGCAGGUCUGGAGAACCCGCGUUCAAAGACCGUCUUUCGCCCACAGCACCAACGGUUGGGGCUCCUCCCCUGAGCCCGCCCACAAGCGAGAACGACGAGGUUUCCUCGCUGUUGGCUGCGUCACUUCACCCAGAAGAUCAUGGAAAGGCUACCGCUAUGGGCUUGUUCAACCGGCCUGUCACUGGUUUCGACGAACAGGCAUUCUCCCGCCGUCAACUUCAAAUGCACCAGGAACGAGAGACCCCGCUCCCGCGCCGUGCAUCACCCCCGCGCCGACCUUUACCUGCAGACCCUGCGGGCCGUGCCCGGGGACUAUCGAAGUCCAGCUAUCGUUCCCGAGCAGAGUCCGCCUCGUCUCACUAUAGUAGUGAUGCGCACCGCGGCAUCGAUCAUUCUGGUGUAUCUAGUGUUGAGGCUUCUCCCUUUAGACCUGGAGUGAGAACUUUCUAUGCCAACUCAACUCCUAGCGAGUCUGGCGACGAAGGAGAAACCCCUCCUUCGCACGAACUUUCAGCGACUUCGCUGGCCACCGAGUAUGGCCCGCCGCUUCAAAACUCCAACGUAGCAUCCAAUAAGCCAUCAAAUCCCACGACAGAUCACCUCGAAACGCUGCCUGAAGUGAGAUAUUCCGAACUAGGCGAUCUUAGACCCAUUGACGAGAAUGGCCUUGAUUUCACAACUUCCUUUCCCGAAAUCAGCGACAACACGCCGAAGAGACCUGACUCGCCAACUCUGCAACCGGACCAAGGCCUUAGUGGAAUGGGGGGGAUGGUUAGAUCUCACCUGCGCCAGGAAAGUGACAGAUCUUCCAUCUUCCCUCCUCCUUCACCUCGUUUCUUGCGGCCACAGAAUGAUAGCUAUCCCCCUCAGAAUGAGGCCAAGGGCUCAAUCCCCCAGCCACCGGCCUUUCUUCCCGCAAUAGCAGAACCCCGCGAAGCGAGUCGGCCACCGUCGACAACCCGCCCGGGAACCUCGACCUCGCGAUCUCCUUCUAGACAUUCUGCAGAAGGCACUGGCCCUCGAAACAGCGAAGAGUCAUCCGCACCUGGAACUAUUCCAGAUACAGCUUCUGUGUCGAAUGGCUCGUCCUGGAGGGAGGAAUUAGAGCUUCAUCAUCGCCGUCAUGGGAGUACUGAGACCCAAAAGGAGCGAGAGGAGUUUGCCAUUGAGCUGGCGGAGAGGCGUAGGAAGGUGCAGGAGAAGCUACGAAGUGUCGCUGAGAACGAAAGCCGAUCCAGCAGCCCCACCCCAGGCCGGUCAACUCCGGACUUGUCCCGGGCUGGUAACGCAUUUGCCAUGUUGAAGCAAAAGACUAGCAAACAGGCUAGCGCAAAGCCGGAUCAGAAGAAGUUGUUCGGUUAUGUCGGUGGCAAUUCGUCUACGCCUGCUCUUCCUUCAGAUGAUUCGUUGCCUGAGGAGGAGCGGCCCUCUUUCAGCUUCGGCCGCCAUUCCAACUCUAGCUCUCCCCAUAUUGGAUCAGAGCGCUCGCUCAGGUCUCGUAUGCCAUCUGUCAGCCGCGACAACAGCUACGAGGACUCCCGUGAGUCCAGCCGCAGCCGUGGCCACUCGCCUUUCCGAGACCAGAGAGAUCGUGCCGGCUCGGAUGCAUCAGGCCGGUCCAAGAGUCGAACCAGACUUCGCGAACGGGAUGACCUUGAAACUGUGGACGAGGGUUCAAGCAUUGCACAUGGGAAGCUUGUUGCUCCUGAGGGCUAUGAGCCUCCCAUGCCUGCCUCGCGCCCUACAUCCAGUCGCCCAUCAGCAGAAAUUUCUGACCCUGCGAACUUCGACCGCACUCCUUCUGUCGCUUCGGGCAGACACCGCAGUACCAGCCGAUCCGGUACACCAAGCUUCCAAUACGAACGGCCAUUCCAGUUCUCGCAGACAAACACCUCCUCGAUCAUCGGUGCUUCGCCCCGACCCCCACCCGCCGCCCCGGCCUACUCUGCCAAUGCCACCCCUCCACUGAAUGAAAUGCCGUCAUAUGGCUCAUCUACAUCCCUGGCCUCUGCAUCCAGCAGCUCACCGAUUCCCCAACGUGGUCUGGGACAAGGCUCUCUCCUGAAGCGCCCUGUGAACAAGAAGCAGAUCUCCGAGCCUACCUUUGUCUCAUCUACAUCAGAUGUCCCUCUCGUCGGCCUCCCACCUGGAUCCUCGCUGCCUUCACCCACCACCGCACCUCCACUGCCACCUAUGAACCCCCGCCGUCGCCGCGGAACUGCCACCCAAACCAUCUUGAGUGCCUUCAAGAGCGACAAGAGCGACUCGUCGCGGGUCACUUCUCCCGUUCCGAGCGCCAUGGAUGAACAAAGCUUCUUCCCAGAACAAAGUGGCUUCAUAGAUGACGAAAAACGCCCACGCUCCCGAAACCGUCUCCGCAAAACGACUUCAAGCGAGGGCGGUAACCUGACCGGGCGUUCGCGCCAGGGAUCCAUGACUGGCACUCCGCCAGCUGUUCCUCAGUACCCGCCUCCUGCUAUCCCCAUCAAUGGAGGCAUGUUCUAA